AUGAAAGAAGAACAUAACAUCUCAAACUUCACCUCCACCUUGAGAAAUGGCCUCAUCGCCACCAGCAACAACAACAAGAGCGUUCUCAGAGUUGACAUCGCUCUCAGAAGAACCCCAGGCAACAACCGCAUCCCAUACGACAUCCGUGUCUCACUCAAGCUCAGGUCGCUCACGACUGAACAUGUGACGAAUCGAAGCCACCGUGUCAGCCAUCACUUUGGAAAGCUUGGCAUCAACGAUCUGAAGGAAGGCGGGAGAUAG